AUGGCUACCCCUAGUGUUCUCGCCUUUGACGCUGAGGGUAGGGCCAUUGACUUUGAGGUCUGGGUAGAUGAUCUGCAGCUGUUCUUACAGUGCGAUAGGGUAGACGGCCUCUCUCUCUUUGACCUCACCUCUGGCACCUCCACUGCCCCUGCUGCUGAUGCUGACGCCACUGUUCGCUCCCAGUGGGCCACGCGCGACGCUGCUGCACGUCUUGCUGUGCGUCGCCACCUCCCUACCUCCGAGCGUGCGCACUUUAGUCAGUACAAGAGUGCUCAGACCUUGUACGACGCUGUAGUUGCGCGCUACUCCUCCCCUGCCACUGCUGCACUGAGCCGUCUCAUGCUACCGGACCACUUUCUCUCUGUCUGUCCCACCACUCUCACUGUUGACCUCCUCGAGAAGUCCCUCCUAGCGGCCGAGAAGAGCAUAGUCGCUGUAGGGGCCUCUCGUGGUGACCCGCGCACCCCCAUCUUUGAGGGGUGUUCCCCCUCCCCCCUUCUGCCCUCUGUUGCCUCUACUGCUGCGGCCGACCUCCUUGUUCUUGAGUCGGUCGGUGCGGCGUCUGCCCCUAGCGGGAGACGCCGCUCUGGCAAGGGCAAGGGGGGCAAGGGCGCUGGAGGAGCGAGCGGGGGCGGUGGAGGUGGAGGUGGCGGCAGUUGGGGGAGUGGGGGUGGCGGUGGGAGUGGAGGUGGGGGUGGAGGGGUCGGUGGCGGCAGUGGAGGUGGAGGUGGCGGCGGCGGUGACGGUGGGAGCGGAGGUGGCGGAGGUGGCGGAGGUGGCGGAGGUGGAGGCGGCGGCGGAGGCGGAGGCGGCGGCAGUAGCGGAGGCGGCGGAGGCGUCGGAGGCGGCGGGGGUGGCGGUGGUGCUGGUCGCGGGUCUUCGCAGAGGAGUGGCUCCGGUGGUGGCUCGCGCCAGCAGCAGCAGCGUGGUCGUGACACCCUGUCCCCUCAGCAGCUUCGUGAGUGGUACACUGCGCGUCAGCGGGGUGGGGGUUUUGGUCCGUACUCCUACGUCUUGCGCACUGGCGACCGUGCGGGUGAGCAGUGUGGGGGUGCCCACCCCACCCAGCGCUGCUUUGGCCGCCUGACGGACGCGUGGCGUCACCAGUUCCCGGAGGCCUCCGAGAUCCCUCGCUGGGGCGAGCUGUCUAGGGCGGGUGUUGCCAUCUAUGAUCUUGACUUUGAUGCUAUUCUCUCUGCCAUGUAUGCUGUGUCUAUUAGUGAUGAGGGUGACUGUUACCGGUGUUUCCCGCCCGAUCCGGGCAUUGAGACUGCUGCUCUAGGUCCUGGUGAGGCUGCUGCCCUAGGUGCUUGCGACGCUGCUGCUCUAGGUGCUCGUGUGUCUGCGUCCUCAGGUACUGGUGAGUCUGCGCUCUCAGGUACUGCGUCGGCUUCGGCCUCCCUCACCUUCACCCUUGACUCUGGGGCAUCUCGCUCCUUCUUUCGGGACCGCACCACACUCACACCGCUGAGUCGACCGGUUGCAGUGUCUCUGGCUGACCCCUCUGGGGGUCCUGUCCUGUCUCGCUUCUCCACAGUCCUCCCGUGUCCGGCGGCUCCCUCUGGCACCCUGUCUGGUCUCUACCUCCCCUCGUUCUCUACGAACCUGGUGAGUGGUGCUGACCUACAGGAUGCGGGGGUCCACCAGUUCACUCCUGCACGUCAGAGAGUGACCCACUGUACAGAGGCUGGCACAGGCCGACACCUGGCUACGUUCACCCGUCAGCCGGGGUCGAGCCUGUACACUCUGACCACUGCGUCUCCUCCAGUUGCUGAGUCUGGUAGGGUAGUUACGUCGGGUCAGGUGUUUGCUGCGGCGUCCAGGUCUGGUCCUGAGUCUGCCCCCUGUUCGUGUCGUCUCCUGUCUCACGAGACUCUCCUCUGGCACCACCGCCUUGGCCACCCCUCUCUGCUUCGGCUCAGAGGUAUGGCCUCCCGUCUUCUUGUGUCCGGUCUCCCCCGGUCCCUCCCUCCCCUUCCUCAGGGCCCUGGCCCUGCCUGUGUCCCCUGUGUCGAGGGGCGCCUGCGUGCUGCCCCUCACUCCUCCCAGUUUCCUCCGACAGAGGCCCCGUUGCAGACACUUCACAUGGACGUGUGGGGCCCAGCCCGCGUCCGUGGACAGGGUCACGAGCGCUACUUCCUGCUCGUUGUUGACGACUACUCGCGUUACACCACAGUCUUCCCCUUGCGCAGCAAGGGUGAUGUCACUGAGGUGCUGAUCGACUGGAUCCGCGCAGCUCGUCUCCAGCUCAGGCAGAGCUUCGGCUCGGACUUUCCUGUUCUGCGUCUGCACUCGGACAGAGGCGGAGAGUUCUCCUCUGGCCUUCUGCGUGCCUACUGUCGUGCACGGGGCAUCCGUCAGACCUUCACGCUUCCGGACUCACCGCAGCAAAAUGGGAUUGCUGAGCGCCGCAUUGGCAUGGUCAUGGACGUCGCUCGUACGUCUAUGAUGCAUGCGGCUGCCCCCCAUUUUCUGUGGCCGUUUGCAGUGAGGUACGCGGCGCAUCAGAUCAACCUCCACCCCAGGGUCUCCAGGCCGGAGACCUCCCCAGCCUUGCUGUGGACGGGGAAGGUUGGCGAUGCGUCGGCGUUCCGGGUCUGGGGAUCUCGGGCGUUUGUCCGCGUCCUGUCUGCGGACAAACUAUCCCCUCGUGCUGCUCCUUGCGUCUUCCUGGGGUUCCCCCCUGACGCGCCUGGGUGGCAGUUUUACCACCCCACCUCUCGCCGUGUUCUGUCCUCCCAGGACGUCACGUUUGACGAGUCGGUCCCCUACUACCGCCUCUUCCCCUACCGCACUCCGUCCCUCCCCCCACCCCCACUCUUCCUGGUACCAGGUCCCCCCCAGGUAGACCCCCUCCCCCCUCAGGGUCCUGCCCCUUCAGGUGUGUCCCAGGUAGACGCAGUCGAGCCUGUCGAGGUCACUGGUGACUCUGGUGCUGCUGAGGGUGCUGAGGCUGGGGGUGCUGUACCUGGGGGUGCGGAGCCUAGGGGUGCUGGGCCUGGGGGUGCUACGUCUGGGGGUACUGAGCCUAGGGGUGCUGAGCCUGGGGGUGCUGAGCCUAGGGGUGCUGAGCCUGGGGGUGCUGAGCCUGGGGGUGCUGAGCCUAGGGGUGCUGAGCCUGGGGGUGCUGAGCCUAGGGGUGCUACGUCUGGGGGUGCUGAGCCUAGGGGUGCUACGCCUGGGGGUGCUGAGCCUGGAGGUGCUCCGCCUGGAGGUUCUCCGAGUGCUUCGUCUCGCCGGGAGCCACUUUCUCCACAGGAGCUGCGCGAGUGGUUUGCCCGGCGCUGGAGGCGUGCUGCUGGUGCUGGAGGUCCUUCGGCUGCUGAGGGUGCUGCGGUCGCGGGUCCCGGAGGUGCUCGUCCUGGGUGCACUGGAGCUGGUGCUGCUGAGGGUGCUGGCGCUGAGACUACCGCUGGCAGUCCUACUGGGGGUGCUCCUGGGUUCUGGUGCGGUCCCUGCUGCUUCUAG